AUGUCAGAAUGGUAUUUUGCCAUCCAGGAUGGGGAGUGGCAGGAAAUCACGAACAGCCUUGGUUACCUGGAGCCGCCACUUGUGUAUAUCUCCAGAGAGCCUGCUGUACUCUCAAGUGAGCCUCUUGCUGCUUUCCUUGAUGCCAUCUACAAGGAGGGUCGCCGCUUGAAGUUCAACCUUUCCAGGGUUGGGACUGGCACGAGAAAGGUGAUGGGAGGGGCGGACCUGCCAAAGGAGCUCAUCAUGAUGAAGAUGGUGAUCAAAUCGCCGGAAAGCAUGCGCCUCUUCAACAGCGACAACGGCAAGAUCAUUGCAGACCAGUUCCAUGCCGGGCCGCACAUGCCUCCGGAGACCCCCCUUAGGAUGCGAAUCGGCUUGGACAGUCCUGACUGGGAUAUUAGCUUCGCAACGGCAAGCCUCACGGCUGUGGCUACAACUUGCUGGACGAGCAAUCCUUCCCACUCCAAUGAUGCAAUGUGGACAUUCUAUGUCGCUCUGCGGGACUACGAGAUGAACGAGGACUGGAAGACUUCAGACUUCAUGUUGAUGCCUCUUGCGGAGUACAUGCAGAACAGCACCUAUGGCAACAAGAAGAAGGAACUGAAGAUGGGGAUGGUUAUGUUCCAGAGCUUGGUCGAUUGCUUGCUCAUGUCAAAGAUGGCAGCCAGGGCCGCGCGGACUCCAAACAUGGAUGACGGUGCAUGGGCGGUGCUUGUUCUUACGAUCCCUGCCAAUCUCUUGAAGAGCAGUGAGGAUAUCACGGUGGCUUGGGCCCCCGAGAAGGCGGCCCCUGCUGGCUAUUGGCUGGUAAGCCCCAAAGAUCCUCAGGAUCGGUUCUUUGACGAGAAGCAAGCCCUUCAGCACACCCUGAAGGUGGCAGCCGCUGCCUGUAUCCAGAAGGGUGAGCUGGGUGUCACGUUUGCUUCCGAGACCGGCUACUCUGCUUUCAUGGACGACUUGCAGCGCACCAGGCACAGCACUCGUGCCGCCGAUCUGCGUCGUGAUCUUGCUCAAAAGAUGAUGGAGGUGAACACGCUGAAGCAGGAGCUGGAAGCAUUCGACUCUGUCAACAGCAUCGAUGGGAAAUUGGAGGACAAGCCGGUGAAGCGUGUCCGCGUGAGCGUGUGA